AUGGCGACGUUCUCGGCGUCAGCAGCGGUGGGAGAGGUCCUCCGCCAACCGGAUGACCUCCUCAAACUCACCACCUACCGCAACAAGCUCCUCAAGGAGAAAGCCGCCCUCGACAACAAGCUCCAGGAAGAAAUCGAAAAGCUUAUGAACACGAAGGACGAGAGCGACGUAUUCCAGAAGAUCACGCGUGUGUCUGCCGUGCAUCGAAAUUUCGCGCAGACCGCCAAGAUGGUCGAGCAGCUGCAGAGCAUGGCUGACAAGGUCGACUACCUCGGUCGGCUUCUGGACGAUGACCGCUCGCAGGGCCCGAUCUCGGAUGCGCCGCACUUGCUUCCCAUCCACUUCCAGCUGCAGCAGCUCGAGUCGUUCCGGAACGAGACGAUGGCCGAAGCCAAACGUGGCAACCGAGAAGAACGGGAGAUCUUAACGCGUUGGUUCGAGCCCCUCGACGUACUCAUCAAGGAGUUCGAGGGAUGGAUGUGGGAGCUCGCAAGCAACGUCGUUGAGCUCGCGCGCCAGGGCUACGGAGGCACUGUCGUCCGUCUCGUCAAGAUUAUCGAGUUUGAGGGCAGGGAAGACGAGAAGACAGUUGCACUCCGUCUCGUACGCAAGGUCGGCAACGACGCCGCACGACUCCGCGGAGUCCAGGGCAAUGCGCGACCGAUCAAGAACUACCGGCACAAGUUCCUCGAUGCGAUCGAGAAGAACAUCAAGGGCAAGUUUGCGGACCACUACGAUCGCAAUGAGCUCGAUCUCCUCGGCUUCAUCGAUGGCCUCGACUUCAUGUACAAGGACAUUAUCCGCAUCAAGGACGACGUCGAGCACCUGUUCCCGCCCGACUUUGAGGCGGUCAAGUGGCUGAUCCAUCGGUACCAUCUCGCGCUCGACGAGGUGCUGAAGAAGGUUGUGUCCAGCGCGCCAGAGGCGCAGGUGCUGCUCGAGCUCUAUGCUUGGACGAAGGAAUAUACGCGCAGCAUGAAGGAGUUAGAGGUGCCGUCGGAGUGGCUGCAGCCGCCGCUGCUGGACGGCAAGGCCGGAGAUCUGCUGGAAGACUACGUCCGCCUCAUUAUCACCAAGCUCGAGGAGUGGACAGUCAACCUGCAGAAGCAGGAAACGGCCAAGUUCAGGACACGAACCGAGGAACCCUCGCGCGGAACGGACGGCCUGUUCGGUAUGGACGGCGUUGUCGACUUCUUCUCCAUCGUCAACCAGCAAAUCGACCUCGCUCUCGACUCGAACCAGGGCGCCGUGCUCGCUCGUGUCGUUACCGAGGCGCAGGCGGAGAAGCGGCCAGAGGAGGUCGCCGGAGGUCUCGUCGAGUACGUCAUGGCACUUGCGAACGACCAGCUGCGCGCGGCCGACUUUACGGAAGCUCUUCAGAACCGCCUCGAGCCGCUUGUCAGCGACAAGUACAAGCCAACGAUCGUUGAUCGCUUCAACGAGGCGAUCGACGGCUACCUCGAUGUGGCUAAGCAGUGCACUGGCACGCUGGUACAGUUCGUGUUCAACGACUUGCGUCCGGCGACGCGGCAGUUCAUGCAGUCGGGAUGGUACAACGACCAGCUCAUGCCGCAAAUCAUUGAGACAAUGCGCGACUACAUGGGCGACUACCAAAGUCACCUGAACCCGAGCAUCUUCGAGAUUGUAAUCGAGGACCUGCUGGACGCCUUCCUCAUCACGUAUCUGACGGCACUGCGCCGUGCUCCGCCCAACUCACUCCGUAUGCCGGGCGCCGUGCAGCGGCUGCGCUCGGACAUCUCUCAGGUGUUCGACUUCUUCACGCUGUACAAGCCGCCCGAGGAGCUCGAGCCGAGCUUCGAGAUCAUGGACCAGGUCGCUUCGAUGCUCAGCGCCAGCCCGCAGAUGGUUUUCAUGGACUACUGGAACUUUGCCAAGACGCAUGGCCCGCAGCUGCAGUUCGUCGAGGCGAUUAUGCGCGCUCGAGACGACCUGGAGCGUGGCGAGACAAACGAGGUCAUGGACACUCUCAAGCGCAAGGUCCGCGACGAGGGCAUCGAGGACCCACAGGAGCCGACCAUCAUGGUGAGUUACGUGGAACCGACUCCAACUGACAAGCAGGUCAAGGUGCUUGGUGCUUCUGGUGCGGCAUCGCUCAUGGCCAAUAUUUCCGCAUACGCUGGGACCAUGGCGAGCAAGGCGAAGGGGAUGCGCUCAGAACGGGACCGGGAGAGGUUCUGA